AUGACGUCUCUGAAGCUGUUGCCAGUCGAAUCAUCAGACCGGGGCUCGCAAAGAUGCAGGCUGGGUCCAGGUUUGAUGGCGGCGCUGGGCUUGACUGCGGGCUCCCCGGUGCUGGUGUCCCUCCCCGAGGGAAGCUGCCUGUGCAGCGCGUGGCCCAGGCCGGACCUGGCUGAUGGCUUCUUACAGUUGGACAUGAAGUCUUGCUCGCCAUAUCUCAUCAGGCAACCCCCUUCGCACCUCACCCUGGAUCCCGAGCAAGUCACAUCCAUCCCGUGUCCAAAACUGAAAGGAAUGAAAAUAAGCGUGGUCGUCCAAAGUGUUGCUUUCAAGAGAAACAGCCCACCUCGUUUUAUUCAUGAGCUUGUGAAAGACAUGCUGAAAGGUGCCUUAGUGCAUAAGGAGCAUGUCAUAAAUCUGGAGGAUUUUGAUAUGGACAUUCGACAUGUUGUCAUUAAAGACAUCUAUCCGGAUUCUAACGCAGCUGGACUUGUAACUUCCAAAACUAGUGUGGAUAUUGCUGAUAUCCAAACUGUCAGGCACUUCAAGAGCCAUCUGCAGGGUCAGGUCACUGUACCUUUGGGGGGCCUGGAUGAGGUGAGUGCAUCGUUACGAGAGAUGUUGCAGCUACCCCUUCUCUAUCCAGCCACCCUUGAUUCUCUUGGGGUAGCGUGUCCCAGAGGUGUCCUUCUUGUGGGCCCUCCGGGUGUUGGAAAGACACAGCUGGUUCGCAAAGUGGUUGGAGAAGUCGGAGCCAUCCUUGUGGUGGUCAGAGGGCCAGAGGUUGUCCGUUCCCGCCCGGGCGAGAGCGAGGAGGUGUUGCGAGGCGUCUUCGCGCAGGCUCGUGCUGCAGCAGAGGAGGGUCCGUGUGUACUCUUCCUGGAUGAGUUGGACUCCCUUUUUCCGAGAAGAAGCGGCUCGUCCGCACCGGAGAACCGCCUGGUGGCUCAACUCCUCACACUGAUGGAUGGGGUGGAUCGAUCAGAUCGCUUCCUCGUCAUCGGUGCCACCAACCGCCCAGACAGCUUGGAUCCGGCCCUGCGCAGGCCUGGAAGAUUUGACAGAGAAGUCAUCAUUGGGCCUCCUACCUUGUCCCAGAGAGCAGCGAUCUUGUCUGUUCUGUGCGAGAAGAUGCCGGUGUGUCCCAGCGUGGAUAUGACGGAGCUGGCACAGAGAACCACAGGUUAUGUCGGGUCAGACCUCAGCGCACUCUGCAGGGAGGCGGCCAUGGAUGCUAUGCGGGAAAACGCAAAGGGUUCAGGGGAGCACAUGGUGGCCCUGAAACAUUUCCUUGAGGCUCUAAAGUUGGUGCGGCCGUCCUGCCUGCGGAGCAGCCUGGGCCGGACGGACCUCGCUCCUGUGGCCUGGGAUCAGAUCGGAGGUCUUGAAGACAUCAAGCUGAAGCUCAGACAGAGUAUCGAGUGGCCAAUGAUGUACCCCGAAGCCUUCUCCCGCCUGGGUCUGUGUCGCCCCCGUGGCGUCCUUCUCUACGGGCCUCCGGGUUGCGCCAAGACAACACUGGUCCGAGCGGCAGCCUCGGCCUCAAAUUGUACCUUCCUGUCCGUCAGUGGUGCUGACCUCUAUUCGCCCUACGUGGGAGACUCGGAGAAGGCUUUGUCACAGCUGUUUCGCCAAGCGCGGGCUUGUGCUCCCUGCAUCCUUUUCCUGGAUGAGAUCGACUCUGUGAUCGGCUCACGGUGCAGCGGUCAGACGGUCAACAGUGUUCAGACUCGACUCUUGUCCGUGCUCCUCAACGAGAUGGAUGGCGUCGGCCUGAAGACGCUAGAAAGGAGGGGGACGCAGAAGAUCCUCCAGGUAGAGGGAGCAGAGGCAAAUCACACUACAGACCAGCUGGACAGCCAGGAAGUGUGCAACAAAGACGUGAUGGUCGUAGCAGCCACAAACCGACCCGACUGUUUGGACAGCGCCCUUCUGAGGCCUGGAAGACUGGACCACAUUCUCUAUGUGCCACCACCGGACCUGCAGGCUCGUCUUGCCAUCCUGAAGGUGUGCACAAAGUCUAUGCCUGUGGCUCCCGGUGUGUGUAUGGAGGAGCUGGGUGCCGCCACUGAUCUUUACUCUGGAGCUGACCUGGAAAAUCUUUGUAAAGAGGCUGCUCUACUGGCAUUAGAAGAAAAUAUGCAGGCGUCUAGCAUCAUACAAGAGCACUUCCUGCAGUCUCUCAAGAAAACCAAGCCGUCCCUUACAGCCCAGCAAAUCCAAACAUACCAGAUAGCGUCUUAGAAAAAAAAAAAAAAAAGUUCCACCAACAUUUCUUUUUUAAUAAAACAACAAAAACCUGCACUUUG